AUGUCACGAGGGCUGUUGUCGAGCAGAGGUCUCUUCCUCCCGCUCAACGGGCUGAGCUGCCUUGCAGCGCCAUCCAGUGCGGCUAAGCCCAGCUUCUUCAGACCGAGCCAUUCCUGGCAAUUCAGCAGCGGUCAACCUCUUCAUGCUGCCUCAUCCUCGCCCAUUCUCGAAGCCCUGCAGCGCUUCAGUCUCGCGUCGAGGAUAAGCAGGUCACCUGCGCCACAGAAGCCUUCAUCAUCCAGGCGCGUUCCUUUGCCUUCGUCUUCCCAAUCGCAUAUCCCUCCACGACCCACCAGCAGCAGCCCUUCCCCGCGCCCACCACGGUCCUCUGGCGGCAACGGCAACGGUGGUAGCUUCCUUGCCUUCUCGAACAGAUACCAGACCUCUUUGGUCGUAGGUGGCCUCAUCCUCAUCAACAUUGCCGUCUUUCUCGCAUGGCAGUACGCGACCUAUUCCUGGACAGACUACAAGGAUCCGCGUCCGUACCUCUGGAUGGAACGCAACUUCCUUGCUGGGCGGCCUAACUUGGAUGGCGGGAGGUGGUGGACGUUGAUCACUUGCGCCUUCAGUCAGAGCCACCUCGACCACUUCUUCCUCAACAUGUUCACCCUCACAGCAAUGGCUCCGAUAGUCGCACAGCUCAUAGGCCCACCAGCUCUCCUCUGUCUCUAUUUUGGUGCCGGACUUUCUACUUCGCUCACAUCCAUCCUCUGGCACGAAGCCCGCCAGAGCAAGGGACCCCACAUGUCUCACGGUGCAAGCGGGGCCGUCUAUUCUAUUCUGACUACCUUUGCCUGCUUGAGGCCAAGGAUGGACCUCUAUCUCUUCUUUGUCAUGCCCGUGCCCGCCUGGCUGGCCAUGACGGGUAUCUUUGCUUGGGACUUCUACCAGGCUGUUUAUGAGGGAGGAGGAAAGACGGACAACGCUGGACAUGUCGGAGGCGUACUGACUGGUUUGGCCUACUACUUUCUGCGAUUGCGAGGCCGGGGCAUCUGA